AUGCCUAUCCUCCCUCUCGUUGCGUCCGACGUCGUUUCAACGGGUGAUGCCGGAGACCAUGUCACGAGUGCCUACUUGAGGCAGUACUAUGAUUUCGGUACCGUCCUCACGGUAUCUGAUUUUGCUCGGUUGCGAAACGAUCGCUUUUGCGUCACGGUGUCAUCUACGUCCGCUGUGUUGGCUACGCGACUUGUUGCGACUCCAUUCUUGUGGUGA